UUUAAAAGGAAAAGAAGUAUGGAAAAUCAGAGGGAAUCUACAAGGCAAUAGUAACGGAAACUGAAAAAGGAAGCUGAAGAAAAAGAAAAGGUUAAGAAAGGGAAAAAGGAAAAAAAGAAAAGAAAGAAUGCUUGGUGUUGAGGAAAAAACAGCAAAUCAAACGACAACAAACAAAGGUUUUGGUCCAGUAUUAAUAUUAUUAUUCUCAAAUUGCAGUCCAAUAUUCUUAUUUUUUCAGAACUGAAAAAAUAAAAUUGUGUGAGGAGAGAGAAUAAUAGAAUUUUUUUUAGAGUUUGUUGGAACCGUUGGAUCACACUGGUUCUGAUCUGUACUUUUUGGUCGCUCAGAAGAAGCCAUGAAUGCUGUAGAUCCGGAUGUCUGAUUCAACGUUCGUCGCAUUGUAAUUGGCAUUUAAGCUCUAUUUUUUUGUUUUUGUUUUUAUUAUUUUAUUUUGUUUUUUAAUCUUCGAACUUGGGAUCCUAAUAGUGGAACUGUGUUUGAAGCUAUUUGACUUGGAAAUUUAGUGAGCCACGUUCAGCUGCUACACUCCUAUGGUGUGCUUUUAACUUCAAUGGUGGCUUUAAUAGGCGCUCAAGCUUGAAUUUUGGCGUUUGAAUUGGCUACCCUUUUGGCCGUGCACGUCAACUGCAUAAUUAGGAUCUGCUACUGGCCAAUAUCCUAGGGUUUCAGGGUGUGGAAUAUCUUCAAUAUUGGUUUUGGAUGCUUAUUGCAUAUGCAUGUUGAGGUGUAUGACAUUGCUUUUUGAAUGGUACAGUUGUUUCUGUUACUGUUUUAAUAUGCCAAAUUAGCUUUUGUUUGUUUAGGAUAUGUGGUUUGGCUGUUCAGUCACAUUGGCUGUGAUGCCAGAGUAUGUUGGGUGUUUAGAGAAGUAGUAGUGAAGGCUGAGGAGAGAGCUCAUGGUGAAGGAAAGUGGGAUUCUGCUGAAACUGAUGUUUGGAUAUUGAAUUUGUUGUGAGAUUGAGGUAUCAGGUAUGUGUUAAUCAUUGAUUGUUGGUUAGAGUGUGGAAGGUUUUUGAAUUUGGAUUGUAUGGAGAACUUGAGGUGACACUUGUUUGACACCCUGCAUUGGGUAGUGGAGAUGCCACCUUCCCCAGCAUUUAGAUGCUCUCCAAGUGGAGAGCAAAGAUCAGACAGUCACAAGCGUGGGCGCAGUCUUGAAAGUGGAUUGAUCUUGAGAGAGAAAGAUGAAGAUCUUGCUUUGUUCAGUGAAAUGCAGUCCAGAGAAAGAGAGAAUUUUUUGCUUCAGUCAUCAGAUGACUUGGAAGACUCAUUCUCGACAAAGUUGAGACAUUUUUCUGAUAUCAAGCAUGGGAUAUCCAUUCCUGGUCGAGGAGAAACCAGUGACUUGCUUAAUGCAGAUGGUGACAAGAAUGACUACGAUUGGUUAUUGACACCACCAGACACACCACUUUUUCCUUCAUUAGAUGAGGAGCCACCAGAAAUAAAUGUUGUCAGCAGAGGGAGGCCUCGAAGUAAACCCAUUUCCAUAUCAAGAUCAUCGACGAUGGAGAGAAGUUACAAAAGCAGUAGGGGUAGUGCAAGUCCAAACCGUUUGAGUUCAUCUCCUCGUUCUGGAAAUAAUACCUCGCAAUCAAGGGGAAGGUCUUCAUCAGUACCAAAUUCUAGUCCAACACAAAAUUUGCAGCAUGCUACUCCCACAAGGCGACCAUCUCCACCUCCAGCUAAGCCUGGGACACCUGCUCCCAGGUCUUCCACUCCUACUCCUCGACGGAUCAGCACUGGAUCCAGUGUUCCAGCAGUCUCGUCAGGGAUUAGGGGAACUUCCCCUGUCAAGACAAGUCGUGGAAACUCUGCUUCACCAAAGAUAAGAGCAUGGCAAACUAAUAUUCCUGAUUUCUCUACUGAAGCUCCUCCCAAUCUUCGUACUUCUAUGGCUGAUCGACCAGCAUCAUAUGUGAGGGGGUCAUCUCCAGCAUCCAGAAAUGGUAGAGAUUAUACUCCUAAAUUUGGCAGGCAAUCAAUGUCUCCCACUUCUUCCAGGAGCAGCAGUUAUUUUCAUAGUCAUGAUCGAGACCAAUUUAGUUCACACAGCAAAGGUUCUGUCAUAUCUUCUGGUGAUGAUGAUCUGGACUCUCUUCAGUCCAUCACAGUGGGCAGUUUAGACCAAUUGAGUUCAAGAAGGGGUGGUUCAUUUUCAAAUAGCAAAACUCCUUCAAUUUCCAAGAAGUCGCCCAGGAUGGUGUCCCCAAGUUCUGCUCCUAAAAGAUCUUUUGACUCUGCUCUCCGGCAAAUGGAUAGAAAGAGUCCUCAGAACAUGUUCAGGCCACUAUUAUCAAGUGUGCCAAGUACAACCUUUUAUGUUGGAAAAGCAAAUUCUGCACAACAUUCCCUGGUAUCUAGGAAUUCCUCUAUCACAACUAGCAGCAAUGUGAGCUCUGAUCAUGGUACUAGUUUUCCACCAGAUACUGAAGGGAGUGACCACAAUCAAGAUGAUGUGGCAAGUGAAACUGAGAAGAUAUUAUACCAUGAUGUUAAUGAAGAAGUAUUUUCCUUUGAUAAAAUUGAUGAUGUAGACAUUGGGCAUGAGAUCAAUGAUGAAUCAGUUGAUGUCCUGCACAAUAAAACUAGAGGCCCUAUGAUUGCUUUAAAUCCCACUGAAUCUGAAGAUUCUGUUUAUCAUGCUAUUGACAGAGAAUUCAAUGAAACUUUAGAAACUUCCCUUGUCAUAGGUGACAUUACAGAAAUUGGUACUUUUGAGAAUACAGCAAUCUGUUCUCAUUGUGGUUGCCAUUACGAGGCCACUGAUCGAGCUGAGAGGAAUAUUAGACUAUGUCCAGAAUGCAGUAGGAAGAGCACAUUGUUGAGACAUAUCAUCCCGCAGACAACUUUGGCAGUUUCCAAAGAGAAUUCAGUGAUUUCCACAGACAUGUCUGCAGAAGAAAAAUCAUCAGCUGAAACAGACCAACUAACUGUUGUGUCUGAACUGCCUCAAGAGACUCAUGUGGGUAACAUGAGGUUUCCCCUUGGUGAACCAGAUGCUGAGGAAACUCAAAAUUUGUCCAGUGAAUUUAUUCACUCACAACAAAGUCCUCUCUCAAGUUCACUGGUGGAAAGAAGUGGGCCAAUGCUUGCCAAUCAGCUAGAAGUGGGCCAGUCAGGGGUCAAUUACAAGAAGCCUGUUAAUCAUUCUGGGGAUCAGCAGUUGUAUCUUUCCAAUGAUCGCUCAAAUUUAAAAGCGGACCUCUUGGAAGGCGCUGGCAUUUCUGUACUACUAAAAAGGUCAAGCAGCAGUAAAGGACCUGUAGUUCAGGGCAGGACUUUUACUGCCACAACCAUAUCUUAUGAUGAUCUGUCUUUUGCAAGAAACAGUGUUAACAGUAUUAGAAGCUCAACUGGACGUAGCAGUUAUUCUACCUCAUCAUCUGUUGAUUUCAGCUCAGCAAGACAUUCUGAUUUUCGUGUCCAAAGGCAGUCAAGUGGCAGGAAAUUGGAUGUAGACUAUGGUUAUGAUGUAAGAAUCAAGCCUCCAAGCCCUGGUUCGUCCUUUUCUGGGAUGUCAAACCAUUCUCUCUAUGGAUUAGGUUUUGCUACACAAGAAACUCCUGACAAUACAGAAUGUGGGAAUCUAGAGGAGAUACCCCUAGAUCUACGAGAAAUGCAAGGUUCAGAAAAUGCAGCGACAGAUGUAAUUGAGGCUGCCUCUAUGGGUUCAAUUUGUGUCAAGGAAGAUAAACUUGAAUGUCAUGAUCAUAGUAGAAUAAUUGAUGCUUGUAGCUCAGACCUAGUAAGCCAAGUUACUACUGGUGUUCAGCCUGAUGACAAUUCAGGGGCAUCAUUUCCAAAUCAUGGGGUAAGUUUUUCAAGUGAUAAUAUUGAAGACCAUCCAAAUAACAUAACCAGUGUCUCAAAUACAGAAACAUCAGUUAAGGAAAGGGAGUCAUUUUCUGAUCAGAAAGAUGAUAUGGAUAACUCUAGUGUUGAUGGAAUGGAUGCUUUGGUAACUCCCAACAAUUCUAUUAUUGAAAAAUCAGAGAUAGAAGGGGAAAACCGUUCUCAGAAUAAUACUGGUGUGGAUGAUGAUCCAUCUCUGGUAUCAAAGAGCACUGUCACUGAAUUUCAGGAACAUUCUGAUCCAAAUUAUUCCAACGAUUGUCUUACAGCUUCUGUUUCUGAGUACUCCCAUGGCCUAGAGGGAUCCAGUGUUACAGUGGAGUGUCAAGAUGGAGGGAACACCAGAAGCCUUACACUUGAAGAGGCAACAGAUACUAUACUUUUUUGCAGUUCUAUCAUCCAUGAUCUUGCAUAUAAGGCUGCAACAAUAGCAAUGGAAAAGGAACACUCGGAACCAUUGGAAGGUUCUGAGCCGACUGUGACUAUAUUGGGGAAACCCAAUUCUGAUAUAAAGGAUUCUCGCAGCCGAACUGCUGGCAAGCGCGUUGUGAAACCCCAGAAGGCUAGGCCAAAGGCAAUGGAAACUGAUGUAAAAUCCCCUUCUGCUAAGACUGAGAAUGAUGAAAGUGUCGAUGAGCCUUUGACGCGCAAUGUUGGGCUUCCUAACAAGGUAGACAGCACAAAACCCCCAAAUAAGCUUGAAUCAAAGUGUAAUUGCAUCAUAAUGUGAGAGUGCAGAGUUCAGAUUGUGCUUACAAUUUCUGCCAGCAUUUCUACUCUUCCUGUUGACCUACAUACACACCAGAGCAAAGCUUAGUCAAUUGCUUGGGCGUUUAUGGUUUUAGGUUUAUGAUUGUUUGGGAUAAUAGCCAAUUGCAAUAUGUUGGUUCCAAUAUCUUGUAAGAUAUACCACUUUGUGUUUGACAUAAUUGUAAAGUUAUUUUUUCCCUUCCUUUUUUUGUUGGUAGGCCAUUAAUCAGAGGCAUUUGGAGGAUUAUGCUUUUCCAGUUGCCCCAUUCUUGUUAUUUGAUUUCCAUCUCAAUUCAAGUGAUCCAUCAAUGCAAGUGUGAAGUAGAACUCAUUCAUAUUGGUUAAGAUUGUGAAAAGCAUACUGAUUUCAUUGCUUGAAGCU